CUCUUCGACACCAAACAGAUCUCCAGAGAAGAGAUAUUUAUCACAAGCAAAGUGUGGAAUACCUUUCAUAGCCGACAACUGGCCAUUCAGGCCAUUAAAGAGUCUCUCAAUAAUUUAGGCCUAAAGUACUUGGAUUUGGCGCUAAUUCAUUGGCCGACGGGUUUCAAAGCGGGAACCGAUGAUAUAUACCCGCGAAAAGAUGAUGGAUCUCUCAUACCGUCCGAUAAUGAUAUUGUGGACACUUGGAGGGGAAUGGAAGACCUGUACAGACAGGGUUUGGCCAAAAGUAUAGGUGUUUCUAAUUUUAAUAUUAAACAAUUGAACACUAUUUUAAGACAGGGAUCUAUUAAGCCAUCAGUAAAUCAGUUUGAAAGACAUCCGUUUUUAAUACAACAAGAUUUAGUGAAUUAUUGCCGCAAUCAUAGUAUAGCUGUCAUAGCGUAUAGUCCUCUAAGACAAGCAGAUCGGGAACUGUUGGAGAAUCCGGUGCUCAAAGAUAUCGCCCAAAACCACAAUAAAACUGUGGCUCAGGUGGCCCUCAGAUGGCAAAUAGAGAGCGGCAUUAUUGUCAUUGCAAAGAGUAAACGAAGAGAG